AGACCACACUUCACCUUUAUGUAGCUGUAUCCGAUCAACAGCUUCAUCUAUUUUACUCAACUGUGAUAUGCAGCUGCUUUGCCUAUGCUUUCGACCGACCAUUGCUCAGAUGUGAGACGGCCUCAAAAUGACUGACUACACCGCGGAUGCGGACGCCGUUGCCAACCGCGACGAGCCUAUCCCGGUAGUUUCAUUCAACAGCCAGACCUCAACUCAGUCCAGACUGGACAAGGCGAAAUCUCGUAUUCCAGGAUUUCGACAUUCAAACCAUGGAUCAGAAGGUGACGCCCCCUCGGGGUGGUCAAUACAGGACAGGCUCUUUUCCAAGCUCCUCGAACAGGUCGUCCCAUCUGAGGAACGAGAGGGUGAGAAUGCAGAUGACACCUACAGGCACCCAUCAAAGGUCCUCUCGCGACCGCCCUUCAGUCUUCCUCUCAUGACGAAUAACUUUCGCCGGUUCAAUGCUAGGAUUGGCAUCGCGUUUGUUUUCCAGGCUCGAAUGAUACGCCUGUUCAGCUGGAGAUAUCCGACUCAGACUUGGUCCUUUCUAGCCGUAUACUCGUUCAUCUGUCUCAAUCCGUAUCUCUUGAUCGUACUGCUACCAGCCAGUGUCCUGCUAUACAUUAUGGUCCCAGCCUUCCUUGCGCGCCAUCCACCUCCUCCUUCGAAUUCUACUCUAGGAACGCAUCCAUAUUACUCCUACGGCGGCCCGGCACUAGCACCAGCCAAGACUAUCAAACCAGCGAGCGAAACAUCAAAGGAUUUUUUCCGCAACAUGGGCGACUUGCAGAAUUCAAUGGCCGACUUUUCAAAUCUGCAUGAUACUCUAGUUGCAUCGAUAUCGCCACUAACAAACUUUUCUGACGAAACACUAUCAACAACUGUGUUUUUACUAUUGACCGUUGUUACCGCUUCUCUAUUCCUCGUCGCGCAUAUUCUACCAUGGCGUCUCAUAUUCUUCGUUGGUGGCAAUGUGGCGGUUAUAUCCUCACAUCCGACUGUACAUGGCUUUUUAAAUCAAGUUCAAGGAUAUAAAGGUGGGCACGCUCCGGAGCAAAAGAAUCAGAAACCGACUGCGAAGAAAGAAAACGCAACAAAACAGGAAUCACCAAUAACUCAGGUUAUCAGUCCUCUGGCAAGUAUUUCACUCGAUUCUGCUCCCGAAGAACGUGAGGUAGAGAUCUUUGAGCUACAGCACCGUUCUGUGUCGCCCUUUUCAACAUCCUCCGAGUGGGAGACGCUUUUAUUCUCACCUGUUCCUUAUGAUCCUUUAUCGCCAUCUCGUAUCGCUGGAGACCGGCCACGUGGUUGUCGCUUCUUUGAAGAUGUGCAAGCGCCAUCGGGAUGGACCUGGAAAGGAAAGAAAUGGGAGCUGGAUCUUGAGUGUCGUGAAUGGGUCGUGGAGCGCAUGAUCACUGGGGUUGGAUUUGAAGUUCCAGGUAAUGGUGCAUCAGGCAACGGUGGUGAGGAGCAAAUAGGGGGCUGGGUAUGGGAUCUACCCCAAGUAGAGACUGAGGGAUCUAUGAGCAAUGACGAAGUUAGCAUGAUGGCAUAUGGGGAUCUGCCAGAUACUACAUCAACCAAGGCAUCCUCAGUUUCGAGUAAAGGCAAAGCCGAUGGGCAGGGAGAUCAAAGUCGUGACUGGGACGGGACCAUGCAGGCCCAGGCUGGUGCAUGGCGACGACGACGAUGGGUGCGUGUUGUUCACCGCGUUGGUGUGUCCGGUUCGGAAAGUUAAUGACUUGUAACCAAUUAUAAUGUUAGGCUAUUAUUACGCGGCUAUGAUUACACAAAUUCAAUUAUUGUCAUCGUUGC